UGUAUUUUUGGAAAGUGUGUGUAGCUUUUCAGCAGCGCAGCCACGAAAACGUAUACGGCCCAUUGGAUUUGUGUUAUUCUAUGCUCUGCACACAGCAAUGUGAAUGGGAAGAUCGACGAUUUUGGGGACAAACCCCUGUAAAUAUCAUGAAUUUCUGUAGAUUUGUUAGUGUCCAAAAGAGGAAAAUGUUAAGAUUGAAGUGGUUAGCAGUGCUGGGAGUUCUUCUUGGGACAAUACGAAUUACACAUGGUAGUAUUUUGGAGGCCCAAUGUCGGGCGAGAUGUUACAGUUCUGCAUCUUUACACGUUUCAACGACGGAAGAAUCAAGGGGGGAGUCGUAUAGAUUAUUAUGUUUAAAUUCAACAAAUUGUUCAUCGUGUGUUAUUCCUUGUUCAUCUGAGUAUAAAACAUCAUCAUUAUGCAAAUCAAAAUGUGUGUUGUCGUCUGACAUUUCAUGGUGCCACAGCUCUUGCGAGUAUUUGAAAUUAAGUCACAACCAAAAAACUGGCACUUGCCCGCCGCUAGAUACAAUACAGGGAUUCGGUAAAGCCUGCGCUGAGACAUGUUCUAAUGACUCGCAAUGUAACCGGAAGGAGAAAUGUUGCUAUAAUGGUUGUGGGUAUACAUGCCAAGAACCAAUUGUGAACAGAUUGGAGCUUCCUCCAAAGACAAGGAAUAGCCCAACAGUAACAGAAAACCUUGAGGAUUCCUCCAUCACAUUGGAAUGGCAGCUUAGAGGUAGUCAGGAUGCGAGUGGCGUCAUACUCUAUGUAGUACAGGGUAGAAAUAACUCUGGGCGCCAUCCCAGUACGCGGAACAUGGAUGUUUGGACCGACCUUGCAAUAACGGAAAAAAGGAGUUACGAGGUGGACGUGACUCUCGGGAAGUAUUACACUUUCCAGAUUGCUUCUGUUAAUGAAAACGGCUCCAUGGGAUUCUGUCAACCAUCGACACCCUUCAGGUUAUCAAGAGAUCCUCAGUCACCCAGUUCACCUAUUAACCUCAGAGAGGGCCAGUCCACUGCUACCUUCGACCACAAGAUUGACGUCAAGAUUCUAUGGGACCCUCCCAAGAGCAGCGAUUUGCAAAUCACUAGGUACAGGGUUUUCUUCGUGGAAUGGCCGUCCAGUGUGAUGCAUUAUCUCUUUGAGGUCACAGAGUAUAGCAUUAAUAUUCCUGGGAGUCAGCACAGCGUUACCAUACCAAGUCUUCGCCCCGAUAUGCGAUACAAGAUCCAAGUUCAAGCAAUAUCCCUGUGGGGUGAUGCAAGAAUGCGAAGUGAAAGGACGGAAAUCUUAAUCCGUACGAUAGGAGGACUUGCAGACUCUCCUCACGUCCCGAAACCAAUCGACCCCUUACCAGCCCCAGGUGAGGCAGGGGAGAUACCCGGUGAACCCAGAGAGGUGACGCCCGAAGAUCCCUACUGGGAGUCAGGAGUCCUCAAGUGCCGCAUCUCGUGGAAGAAACCCAAAGGAUUUGAGGAAACAGUAAACCUUUUCAUGGUGCACUGGCAACCGAUGGGAUGUGCUCAGGACUAUGAAAAUAGUACCAAGUCGGCUACAACACAUGCAAACGCCUUAUUUCCCCAGUACCCGGAAAAGGUGGCCACAACACAUAGCCGCCAUUUCGACAUCUACAACUUGAUGUUUGACUGCCAGUAUCGGGUAGAAUUAGUAGCUGUAUCGGAUACACGCCUGAGGAGUAAUGGAACUAGUAUUCGUUUCUACACGCCAGCCUGUAAUGCGUUGAAGGUCAAAGGUCGGGUGAAACCAGUUUGCCCCACACCAGUUCCGGACAUCCCGAGUGAGCCACAGAAUGUCUCAUAUGUGUUUCUACUGGCAAACACCAACAUUACGGCACGCUUCCGAUGGGCACCUCCAGCCGUAUCCCUGUAUGACAUCAUAGGUUACAGGGUCGUGUGGGCGGAGCAUGCCCAGAUCUCGGACACUCUAUUUGGGGAGGGCUUUCCUUUGCUUUUGAUGUCCAAGGCAGAAAGUAUCAUAUUACCAGCGAGAAAGAAAAGCUAUGAUAUUGAGAACUUAAAGACUGGUACGCGGUACGGGGUUCAGAUCCAAGCACUGACAAACAGGAGUGGCGGUGCAGUGGCCUACGAGGACCUUAAAACGCCAAGGAUCCAGCCCGGUCCUCCGCAAAACUUUGUGCCAACGUCGACCGUUGUCACCGAACUCAUGGGGAGAAUUUCAACUCAGAGCAACGUGGUGCAGACCGACCAGGAGGGUCACUCGGGGACGAGGUCGUGGCACGAGACAUCAAAAUGGACAUUGAGUCUGGUGCUCUUUCUCUCCUGCCUCAUGCAUCUGUUAAUACUCAGAUGAUGAAGUCAAGGCUUAAGAUCAGAGGGCGUUUUUUUGUAAAGCUGGGGUUGGGAAAGUCUGGAUUCAUGGUAAUUUAUUUGUAAACAUUCUGAGCUGCUUAUAGGUUUUUUUGCUGAAAGGGGAGGGAGCUAGGGGUUAAAUGGCUGUAUGACUAAGUUUUCAAAACAAGGAUUUAUGCCUGGUCUGGUUUCCUGCUUCUUCACUUGAUCUGAAUUAAUCAUAAAGAUUUGAUGAUCGUUUUUCAGUGCAUGAUUAUAUGAGACCUUGUCUGUCAAAAAAAGCAUGCUCCCUUCAUGGUUUGGGCAACCACACCACUGGGAUUUGAAAGUUGACCACGGGCUGCAAGACUAGCUGUCUAAAAUCUUUGUAUUACGGGUACAGUUAUACACUGUUUAAUUUUUCUUCGGAAAGUUAUCAGCCAUUUGCCCUGAGACUGUUACAAAGUCAGUAUCAAGUAUCAGUUUAUAUUUAUUAAUCCACUUUUCAUGGGGCUUUUUAAGCAUUAAUUUUUUUGGGUGAUCUGCGGCAAUAAAAUACCAUGAAUUUAGAUUUAUAUUUUUUAAGGGUUGGGUUUAGUAACACAGUUCUUUGUGCCUCACACAAAUACCAACAUUUUUCGUUGGUAUUAUAUUUAAAAAUGUACAGUUCAAUAUGCAUUUGUAAUUUAAAGGGCUGAAUGUGUUAUUGUUGCAUUGUAAAUUGUUUAUUGUAAUAUAUUGUACACUUAAGCACCUGUACAAAAUCAGAACCAUUAUAUAACAUUGUCAUGUUUUAAAUAUGAUUAUAUUGUAUAUUUUAUGAGUUUUUUUGUCCUUUUUAUAUUUUUUUGUUGUUUGUCAUAUAGUCGUAUGUUUUUGUUUCCAUCUGAUGCCUUAUGGAUGUUUUCUGUUAAUUUGUUUUUCAACUGUGGACUGGUGCUCUGGUUUCACUUUACUGUAAGAAACUGAAUAAGGGUCAGGAUUCCAGAUAAAUAAAACCUUCAUGUUUAGUUUCUUGUUCUUCUUCUCUCACUUUAAAAGACAAGCAUUAUUGUGUUAUUCAUAACUCAAAAACUACUUAUGUUUCGACAACAAAACUUGAAACUCGUCCUCAUUUUUUAUCUACAAAAUCCUGAUCUAAGAUGAACUGUUGAAACGUAAACAGAGCAAAGAGUAAGCCAGCAUCAAUUGUUCUGUAGUAACUACUCCAAAUUGUGAGUGUUUUUCUUUGUAUCGCGGGAAAUCCUUCCAUCUUUUUGAAAUGUACUAUAUUUAUUAAAUUUAUCUUUGUACUCUUUUUUACUCCUCUAUUCCUUAAAAAACACGGAGAAAAGCGAGAGAAAACCGGCAUAGGUUGAAAUUAUCACCACAUUUUAAACAAAAGUUUAGUUAUGUUGUAUGGAUCAAACAUAACAUUAUAACUUUUUUUUUGCGAGAUGGUAACUU